AUGGACUGUUCAGACGAUGAGCAACAGUCGGUCUACACUGUGCUGGUUACAGGCGCAAACAGCGGGCUAGGCUUCUCGACCUGCUGCCGUCUCAUUGACGAAUUCCUGCACCUGCGACCGCAAACCCAAACCCUGCACCUCAUCAUCACCACACGCUCGUCCUCCAAGAACAAAGACACCCAGACCCGACUAUCCGCGCACCUCCAAAAGACACUGCAAAAGGCCGACAAGUCGACACCGGGGAUCAGCCAAGUACUCGCGACGCGCAUCAAGAUCUCGGGCGAAAGAGUGGAUCUGUGUGACUUACGCAGUGUCAAAGAGCUCGGGGAGAGAUUGGUACAGAGGGGACACCGCAUCGAUGUGCUCAUCUGCAAUGCAGGCAUUGGUGGUUGGAAGGGGUUGAACUGGCCCAGUGCCAUUUGGUCCAUGCUCACAGAUUGGAAACACUCUUGCACAUACCCAACCUACAAGCUAGGCUUUGUAGGAUCCGUCGCACCUCAAGGCUCGGAAGAGAAGGAACAGCAGUUGGGAGAAGUCUUUACGGCGAAUGUGUUUGGUCACUAUCUGCUUGCUCAUGCGCUUGCGCCUUUGAUGAAGGGAACAGACUCUCAAAAACCCGGCCGCAUCAUCUGGAUAUCGAGCAUUGAGGCCUAUGCACACGCCUUUGAUCCAGAAGACCUGCAAGCAUUGACCUCGGACGCAGCCUACGAGUCCUCAAAACGCCUUACCGAUCUUCUGAUUCUGACCUCUGAAUUGCCAUCCACUGCGAAGUCCACCUCUGCUUUCCUCCAGGAAAAGGACGACAAGCAAAAGAAGCCGAAAAUGUAUCUCGCACACCCAGGUGUUUGCGCAACCAGUAUCGCAGACUUGCCAUUGAUGCUGUGGUAUGCCAUGUUGUUGGCGCAAUAUAUCGCUCGCUGGUUGGGUUCGCCCUGGCACCCCGUGUCCUCAUAUCUCGGCGCCGUGUCUAGCGUUUGGCUCUCACUGGCACCCUUCUCCUCUCUCUCGAACCAAGAAGCCAACGAAGGAAAAGCAAAAUGGGCAAGUUCUACAGACGUAUUCGGCAACGAACGCGUCGUGCGGACGGAAGUCGGUGGAUGGGGAUGGGGUGGCAAGGUGGGAGAAAAAGCAGACGGCAAAAUGAGAUUGAGUGCGAACAGGUGGAGAGGUCAAGAGGACGUGACCAAAGAAUCGAGAGAGGAGUUUGAGGUGCUUGGUCAGAGGGUCUGGAGGGAAAUGGAGGAGCUGAGAGAGACUUGGGAGAAGAAGUUGCAAGCUUGA